CAAGGAAGUCUUUUUUUUAAACUAACCUUUGUGUUUAAGCAGGGUUUUGAAUGCAGAAGCACUUAUCACAAAUCACAUUGUGAAAUACCAUGAAAGGAAUCUAAAUUACUCCUGCUUCCUGCUUCGAGGUGCUUUCAAUCGACCUAGCUGCUGAGGGAGGUCUGGUUACCCCAAAAGGAAAGUGCUAUUGCAGAAGAAGAGAGAAGAAGGUUCUGAAAAGCUUUUGCGACCUGUGCUGAUUCAAUGUGUGCUUUCAAAGGAGUUGAUUUGCUCAGGUGUGAUUAGGCACACCAGCCAUUGUGACAGGAGAUGUGGUUUGCAUAGGCUUCAUAGUGUUUUUCUGGCCUCUCCUGAGCUCAUAUAUCAUAUGGAGGCCCCCCAGGGCCUGUAUAAGAGAGAUGGAAGCACUCAGAGAGUCUGUUGUCCAUUUGGCUCUUCAGAUGUCGACUUACAAACGAGCCACCUUUGACGAGGAUGACCUGAUCGACUCCACUGUUGAUGAAGUGUACCCAGAGGGCCACCAGGUGACCUUCAGGAAAUCCAAAGGCUUGAAGGGCUGCUGGACAGACAGGACCCACCUCGAGAAGCGGCUCCUGGUCCUGAGCAUCGUCCUUGUGCUGCUGCUGUUCUCCAGCAUUCUUGCACUGAUCUUUAAAUACGGAAAUUCCCGGAAUGUUUGCCUGACAGAGUCCUGUGUCAUCGUUGCCAGCACCGUCCUCAAAUCCUUGGACCGAUCCGUUGAUCCAUGCCACAAUUUCUACAAUUAUGCCUGUGGCGGCUGGAUUAAGGCAAACCCAUUGCCCGAUGGAAAGCCCAGGUGGGGAACCUUCAACAACCUGUGGGACCACAACCAGGCCAUCAUGAAGCACCUCCUCGAAAACACCACAUUGAACACAACAAGUGAAGCUGAACGCAAGGCCCAGCAUUAUUAUCAGGCCUGCAUGAACGAGCAGAAGAUCGAGGAUUUGCAAGGGCAGCCCCUUCUCGACAUCAUUAACAAACUGGGAGGCUGGAACAUCACCAAGUCAUGGGAUAAGGACAACUUCCAGGAAGUCCUUCAGUCUGUCACAGCUCAUUACCGAACCUCCCCAUUCUUCACCAUCUACAUCAGCACAGAUUCUAAAAACUCCAACAGUAACGUCAUACAGGUGGACCAGUCAGGACUAGGGUUACCAUCGAGAGAUUAUUACCUCAACAAAACAGCCAAUGAAAAGAUCCUAACAGCUUACCUGAAUUACAUGGUGGAGCUGGGGGUGCUACUGGACGGUGAGGAGACUUCCACUCGGGCACAAAUGCAGCAGGUUCUGGACUUUGAGGGAGCCCUGGCCAACAUUACUGUCCCCCAGGAAGACCGCAGGGAUGAAGAGCUUAUCUACAACAAGAUGACCAUACGAAACCUCCAGGUGUUAGCUCCGGUUGUCGAUUGGCUGCCUUUGCUUUCCGCUAUCUUCUACCCUGUUGAGCUGAAUGACUCGGAGCCAGUGGUCGUCUAUGCAAAGGAAUAUCUACAGAAGGUCUCUGACCUCAUUAACUCCACCGAUAAAUGCAUUCUCAACAACUACAUGAUAUGGAAUGUGGUGAAGAAAACUGCCUACAAUCUGGACCAUCGCUUCCAGGAAGCUGAGGAAAAACUCAUCAUGGCCAUAUCCGGGACUAAAAAGACAUGCAAUACUCGAUGGAAGACGUGUGUUAGUGACACUGAUGGUACCCUUGGGUUUUCCCUUGGAGCUUUGUUUGUCAAAGCAACGUUUGCAGAGGAUAGCAAGCAAAUCGCUGAGGAGAUGAUUUCAGAAAUUAAAACUGCAUUUGAGGAGAGUCUGAAGCAAACCAAGUGGAUGGAUGAAGAGACCAAAAAAGCUGCAAAGGAAAAGGCUGAUUCAAUCUAUGACAUGAUUGGCUAUCCAAAGUUCAUCAUGGAUCCUAAAGAGUUGGAUAAACUCUUCAAUGAUUAUGAAGUGGUUCCUGAUCUCUACUUCCAAAAUGUGCUGCAGUUCUACAACUUCUCUGCACGUGUGACAGCAGAUCAGUUACGGAAACCCCCCAACAAGGAUCAGUGGAGCAUGACCCCUCCAGCUGUUAAUGCGUACUACUCCCCUACAAAGAAUGAGAUUGUGUUCCCUGCUGGCAUUCUUCAGGCUCCGUUCUAUGCCAGGGAUUACCCAAAGGCUUUAAAUUUUGGAGGAAUUGGAGUGGUUAUGGGCCAUGAAUUAACACACGCGUUUGAUGAUCAAGGGAGGGAGUAUGACAAAGAUGGCAACCUACGAUCUUGGUGGAAGAACUCGUCGGUCGAGGCCUUCAAACAUCAGACUGAGUGCAUGAUCGAACAGUACAAUAACUUCACCAUCAACAACGAGCAAGUGAAUGGCAAGCAAACGCUGGGUGAAAAUAUUGCUGACAACGGAGGUCUGAAAGCAGCUUACCAUGCUUACGAGAACUGGGUGAAAAAGAAUGGUGAAGAGAUGUUUCUGCCAACCCUGGGUCUUACCAAUCGACAGCUCUUCUUCCUUGGAUUUGCUCAGGUUUGGUGCUCUGUGCGGACCCCAGAAAGCGCCCAUGAGGGGCUCAUCACAGACCCCCACAGCCCCUCGAUGUUCAGAGUGAUUGGAACUGUGGCCAAUUCUGUCGAAUUUGCUGAGCAUUUCAAGUGUCCCGUGGGAAGCCCGAUGAAUCCUUUGAGGAAGUGUGAGGUGUGGUGAUUUACAAAUCAAAUUGCCGAAUUCCUGGAACAGCAAAAUGGGAUUAAUUUGAAUGGUGAACACCACCUCAACUAAACAGGACAUUAUUCCACCUAGCAACAAAGGGAGAUUUAUUUUAUUGAAAAGCCUGUGGACUGCACGGUGUGUGAAUCUUUUAUUCGGUUUCCCAAUCUGUGGAUGCCACUGGAAUCUGUGGGAAAGAGCAAGCAACCAAAAAUGCAAGUGACAUUUGAUGUCAUUGUUGUAAGACAGAAGGACAAUCAUCACCAACAGGAAGAAUUGCUUCUUUGCUGCAGAACAUUUUACACUUUAAUAACUGUUUAUAUUUAGUAAAUUGAAUAUUUAAAACCUUCAAAGAAUGGGACUCGGCGAUUCCCUCGGAGGGUCUGGUCUUCUGCCAAAGUUGGAAAAUUUCCAAGGGAAUUCCCAAUGUAGGUUUUUAGUUAUUGGCUGUAGUUUGUAGCCAUGUUCAGUCUAAGCACACCGAAAUAUUAUUUUAUCCGAGGGUGGGGAUCACAAAUAUUAUCUGCACAAGGCCCCAUUUGCUUCAUCCAAUUCUCAAUGUUUUCUCCCCAUUGGAUUGUCCAUGUCAUUCUCCUCUGCCCUUUGUCCCCUUCAACUGGCAGAGGGAUUCAGGUGAAAACAGACGAUUAACCCACCUCUUAAUUAACCUGGAUAAAUUAAUUGAUGAAAUGACUUAACUGCCCCCCACCCCCCCGCCACAACCCCCUCAGACCCACACAUCGAUAGCAAGUGAAAACCUGAAUCUGCACCAGUCUUUCACCUUGGGCUGAGGGGGAUUGGGAGAGUGAGGAGAUUCUGGAGAUAAAUUGUUUCUUGGUCUUACUUAAGUCCUUGUUUUUGGAUUAGUUCCAUCAAAAUGUGGCAGAUUCUUUUAAAAGCUGUUUGUACUCAUCCCUGGCCUCCAAAGCUAGCUCCCUUUGCCCAGUGUCUUGGUACUUAAGUUUACGAGCUCAGCUUCACAGCUUCAGCAUCUUACUGCUGUGAUGCUAUUGAGCUAACUUGUGAAUGUUGUGGUACAUGUAAUCAAAGCAUUCCACCACCAGGCCUGGGCGUCUGUCUGAGUUCACUGGAGUAUCAGGAAGAGGCUGGCCCAUGGUUGGGGCAGAUGGAUACUGUCAACUUUCUAAAAUCUAUCACAGAAUGAAACAUGGUGACUGACUGCUCUAUAGGCAUAUUUAUUUGACUGUUAUGCAUGCCAGGAUGAUCCCAGACACCACCAGCCUGGGUCUAGGCUGAGUUACAUGAACAUAACCAAGGUGAAAACUAGGAAUAUGUGGG